UCGCCUGUGUGGCACCCGACGUGCUGCUACGUGAGGGGCAGCGAUACGGAGUGACGAGGUUUACGCUACCGUGUCGAUACAGAGUUUGGAGAUUAACGCUACCGUGUCGAUACAGAGUUUGGAGAUUAACGCUACCGUGUCGAUACAGAUUCACAAGAUUACCGUUACAGUGUCGAUACAGAGUUAGGAGAUUAACGCUACCGUGUCGAUACAGAUUCACAAGAUUACCGUUACAGUGUCGAUACAGAUUGACGGCAUUAACGUUAGUGUCGAUACAGAGUGACGAGAUUAAUGUUACAGUGUUGAUGCAGAUUGACAUGAUUAAUGCUACAGUGUUGUUUUGUGGCGAGGAAUUUACUCACGAAACCAUGAAAAAAUCCGAAAUGAAACAAACCUCGAUUCAGAGUAACGGCCGCGUCAGCAAGUCCAGGGCGGUUUGCAGCGUCUGCAGUCGCAUGUUCCGAGAGCCCAAACUUCUCCCUUGUCUCCACACGUUUUGCGCCGACUGUAUUCGGCAGAUCGAGCCGUUUUCUGCACCGAAGGUUGACGGUAAGAGCACGCCGCUGGGAGCCGAGGGUCUCGCGGGAGACCGCAACUCUGUGACGGUUCUGUGUCCUGAGUGCGAUUCGGAGGUAGACCUGCCAUCAUCCGGCGUGGACAGCCUCACCACAGACCACCUCGCCCUCGACGAGGUUUUCAUGGAGACCCUCCUCAUCGAGAGCAGCGUGUCGUGCGACUUGUGCAGCGACGGGGAGGCAGGCCAGCGUUGCGAGGUGUGCUCCGUCAACCUCUGCAAGUUCUGUAGUCAGGCGCACAGGAGACAAAAGAGGACGUCCAGCCACUCCAUCCACAGCCUGGAGGAUCUGAAGGCACAGGGACAUCUCUCUAGGCCUGUCCUGUGCUCUGUGCACGCGGGCCAGGAGUUACGGCUCUUCUGUGAGCCCUGUGACCUGCCAGUUUGCCGAGAGUGCGCUGCAGCGUUCCACCGGGAACACCGGUGCCGCCCCACCCACGACGUCAUCAAUCACCAUGGCGAUCGUAUCCGGGCACUGGUCUCCGGGAGCCUGCGUCCUCGCCUUGGCCGCCUGGAGGAGGCUCUGAGGCGCGUGGACACGUCCCAGGGCGCCCUGCAGAGGCACGCCAAGAUGCUGGCGAGCGAGAUACGGGCGUUUGCGCAAGGCUAUGCCACCGCCGUGGAGGCGCACUGCAGCUCGCUGUUGCGCGCCUUGGAGGACCUGCGGCUCCAGCGCAGCAACCAGCUCCACCUGCAGAGGGCGCAGCUGCUGCAGUCCCUGGCCGACACCGGCGGUGCUGUGGACUUCGCUGAGCGCCUGCUCACGUGCGGCUCAGAGGCCGAGAUACUCGACGCCAAGGGCGUCACCGUGAGGAGGCUAAUUACCCUGCUGGAGUCCGGUUACGACCCCCAGCCGGACACGGUGGCCCACGACGACGGGAGCGGCAUCUGUUUUUUGCCACAGCGAUGCGCGGGUCAGGUGGAGGGCUUCCCCAUGGUGGGGGUCCUCCAUGCCAAGACGACAGACCCCAGCAAAUGCGUCGUCCAGGGAGAAGAUAUUUCUACAGAAUGUCUCUGGUUCCUGGAUACUCUGUUUACCCACGUGCCUAGACAGAUGAUUCUGUGGUGCCACGAACGUGUGGAGUCCAGCUGUAGCGCCUCCCUUUUUGCAAUGGGUGAAAUUGGUCUGCCCCCAUGUGCUCUGCUCAGGGCUGUAUUACCUACAGGUGUCCAGCAGGGGGCGGAGGGCCAAAGGGGAGAGUUCACACUGAUCUGCAAGGACUCCGCAGGAGAGCUGAUGGGUACAGGAGGAGAUGCUGUCCUCGUCAGCGUAGUUCACACAGAGCAGAAAGACUGCAGGGUGGAUGCGACAGUGGUGGACAACGGUGACGGUUCGUAUGCCGUCUCUUACCUGCCCGAGGUGUCUGGGUCCUACUCGGUGUGGGUGUGUGUGAAAGCUCAGCACGUCAAGGGCUCGCCGUUCUCGCUGACAGUCCGGCCCAAGUUCCGGCGUCACCACGGAAUCUUCCACUGCUGCUCAUUCUGCUCCAGCAAGGGCGCUAAAGAGGCGCAGUGUGGCUGCCCGGGCACCAUGCCAGGAGGGUUCCAGGGCUGUGGUCAUGGCCAUAAAGGUCACCCAGGAAAGGAUCACUGGUCUUGCUGUGGAAGUCUGGUGAAGAAGUCUGAGUGUCUGCACGGCCGUGAGCCAGGCUCACCCCAUGGACGUGUCCGGACCGUCGAGCUCUGACGGAGCGGUCACAACACACUUUCUUUUCGCCACACACACCUGCGUAAUGAGAGGUGGCGAGUCUGUUUUUGAAAAUCAGCUGGAACGUCUGUACACUGAAUACCACAGUUGGAGUGGACUGACCGGUUCUGUGACUCAGCCAAAGCUUUUGAAGGAACUACUCAUAAACACGCGUUAAACCUUUUAAACAGCACAAGUAGAUAUUACACACCCCGUGUAGCAGAAGGAAUUUAACAGGACUGCUUUACAAUUAUUUCCUAAAACUUGGAACUCUUCAGUACUGUCAUUUAUCUAAAAAUCACUACCAAAAUGUGCUAUAUUACAUUCUAUUUUGUUUUUAGACGCAUUAAUUUUGGGGGUUAAUAAACUAGCAUUGCAGUGUUAGUGUGGAGAGAUCUAGUCUA